GUUAACCUGACACUAAAUAGUUUAUACUCAUUGCUCAAGAUAAUCUCGCGAGUAUGGCCAUACCAAGUUCAGCAGCUAGUCUUUUCGAUGUCACCAGCAUUGUUGCGGUGGUGACUGGUGGUGGAAGUGGUCUGGGCCUGCUCAUGACGCGUGCACUAGCAAGCAACGGUGCGAAGAGGGUUUACAUUCUGGGAAGACGCAAGAACGUGCUUGACCAGGCAGUUGCAGACAUAGGCCAAAAUAACGUGGUUCCAGUCCAAUGCGAUGUAACAGAUCAAGAAGCGCUCAAUUCGGCUGUUGCAUUUAUCGAGUCGGAUAUAGGGCAUAUCAAUCUCCUGGUUGCCAAUUCAGGAAUAAUCGGCCCAUCCGGAAGCGCACCCCCCGGGUCAAGCAUCACCCAGGUGCAAGAGGCGCUGAGAAAGGUUCCCAUGGAGGAAUUUACCAACACAUUUCACGUGAACUGCACUGCAGUCUUCUACACCGCAAUCGCAUUUCUUGGGCUCCUGGACGCUGGGAACAAGAGGCAGAACUACCCCAACGGCAGGAGUCAAAUCAUCGCCACCAGUAGUAUCUCAGGCUUCAACCGCCGCAUCACGGAUGGAUUUGCAUACGGGACAAGCAAGGCAGCUACAACGAUGAUGCUGAAGGCGUUGGCUACUUACUUGGUGCCGCAUCGUAUUAGGGCUAAUGUUCUUUGCCCCGGAUGGUUUCCAACUGAUAUGACGGCGGAUCAUUUCCACGGAAACGACCCAAGUGCGGAGGGGGCGUUUCCCCUGAACGAGAUUCCGGCUGAGCGAGCUGGAGCGCCCGAGGAUAUUAUGGGACCGUUAUUGUAUCUAGCUUCACGUGCGGGGGCAUAUUGUAAUGGGAACUGUGUGAUUACCGAUGGUGGUCGUUUGAGUGUCACUCCUGCUACCUACUAGGGUGGGUUACUCCUGGCGAAGUGGAAAGUCUUCAGGGAAGAGGAUUACAUCUGCAAUUUUGUAUCUAUUGCGGAAUCGGUAAUAUAAUACUCUUUGCCGCAUAACUACAGCAUGACAAUCUUAGUAAUUUUG